AAAAUGGAUGGAAGCAAUCAGUCUGUGGUGUCAGAAUUUACACUUUAUGGACUGUCUUAUUCACAGAACACACAAGCCUUACUCUUUGUGAUGUUUUUGAUACUGUAUCUUCUCAUUGUGUCAGGAAAUAUUGUCAUCAUGGUUUUAACCACUGACCGACAUCUCCAUUCUCCCAUGUACUUCUUGUUGGCCAACUUGUCCUUUGUUGAUAUGUGGCUUUCCUCAAUCACUACUCCUAAGAUGAUUGCAGACUUUCUAAGGGAAAACAAGACCAUUUCCUUUGCAGGAUGCAUGUCCCAGAUUUUCUUUGCUCAUUGCAUUGCUGGAGUAGAGAUGGUGUUGUUGGUGGUAAUGGCUUAUGACCGCUAUGUGGCCAUCUGCAAACCACUCCACUACUUCACCGUUAUGAGCCUGAAAAGAUGCACUGGGCUGGUGUUUAUUUCUUGGACUACUGGCUUUAUACAUGCCAUGAGUCACCUGGUAGUGAUUGUGGAGUUGCCUUUUUGUGGUCCCAAGGAAAUAGACAGCUUUUUUUGUGACAUGCCAUUGGUGAUUAAGUUAGCUUGCAUGAAUUCCCAUGAUUUGGAUAUUCUAAUGAAUGCUGGCUGUGGGGUUGUGGCUGUAACCUGCUUCAUUCUGUUACUCAUUUCCUAUACAUAUAUCCUUACCAAUGUUCUCCAGAGUUCCAAAGCUGCUGCAUCUAAGGCUCUGUCCACAUGCAGUGCACACAUCACAGUGGUGAUGAUAUUCUUUGUGCCUUGUCUUUUCAUUUAUGUAUGGCCCCUCAAUAUCACCUCACUGGACAAGUUUCUUGCUGUGUUUUACUCUGUUUUUACACCUCUUCUAAACCCAGCAAUUUAUACACUGAGAAACAAAGAGAUUAAAAAUGCUAUGAGAAGAUUCCUAAACAACUAUCUUGGUUCCAAAUGA